AUGAAAGCUUCCGACUUUAGACCUAGUGUCUUGCAUCUCCUGCAUUCAGGAGCCACUUGGACUCGUGCACUUGCACUACUGCGCGGCAAUUCCGGCAUGAUGGCCGUCCAUACUGCUUCCCUGAGCGGCCCUGUGGUCAAGAACAAUGCCAUCAAAGCCCACGAAAAUCCCAAGGCUUGGCCCUUUGCUUUAACCUUGCUCCGGUCGCUGCAUUUGGAUGUGCAACCUCGGGAUGUCGUUUCCUACAACUCUGCGAUAGACGGCUGCGCAGCCGGCAACAGCUGGCAGGCUGCUUGCGAUCUGUACGAGGAAAUCCUGCUGGUGAGUCCCAGCUGUUCUCGGACAGUCGUUAGUGUGCAUGCUUCUGCCGCUGCUGCAGCUGCCGCUGGGCGCUGGCGAAGUGCCGCAGCCACGCUGGCGCCCCUUCUCUCCGGCAAGGUGACAUCGCUCCGCGCCGAUGCUGUCACUUACAAUGCGGCGAUGAACGCAUGCCUGCAUUCGACGAAGGAGCGACGUGGCAUUCCAACAGCCGAGGAGACGCCAGGUUCCAAAGAGAUUUCCUGGCGCCGCUCCUUGCAGUUGCGCAUGGAGCUUGGCCAGGCCUCCUUGGUGCCCGAUUUGGUCUCAGUGAACCUGGCGCUCGCAUGCUUUGCUGCCGGUCGAGGGUGGCAGGAGGCCCUCAAUUACGGCGAGCAGGCUGGCAUCCUGAGCCCAGAUUCCGGCCAAAGCCAGCGUCCCGACGAGGUCACCUUCGGGGCCCUGCUCGGUGCCCGCUUCCCGCGGGACUUGGCUAUGAAGCUGCUGCAGGCGAUGAGAGCAGAGGACCUGGAACCGAAUGCUGUCACCCAUAGCGCUGUGGUCAGCGCUUGUGAACGCGACGGGAAUCCACUGGGGGCCCCGAGCUCGCUUUGGGGACUCGGCGGCACCGACGCAUUCCGCAGGCUCUAUGCUGCGCGGACCGCUCGCCCAAACGGAUGA